AUGCUAUCGAGCAUCCUCUCCGCAGCUGGCGCUCCGUCAGCACCGCCUGCUGUCCAGCCGCUCGCGUCGGUCGAAGCGGUUCCCGCCACCGCUCCUGCUGUGCCAUCAGCCCCGGCUGUUGCGGGUCCAUCAAAUCCAGCCCUCAAUGGGAACCCAGCUGUCCCUCAGGGAGUGCCCCAAGCAGUGGAUGAGGAGCGAAAGAUGGACAUGAUCAGGGGCAUGGAUCCGGCCAAGCUGCAAGGUAUACGCAAACGAAUCAGCGACUUGUCAAACCAGGGUCUGACCAGGGAAACCUCGUCCGAGCUUUUCAAGCUGAGCAUGAUCAUGGACUUGUACAACAAGGCCAAGGCGACCCAUCCCUCGAUUCCCGCUGCAGUGCCAAUUCCAGCGCCAGCUCAAGCCGGCCCAUCAAGCGCACCCGCGCCGUCCAACCCACCGGCACCCUCCGGCUCUUCCGCCCAGGCGGCGAUGUCACCCGCUCAGAUUGCCCAGGUCCGAGCCCAGACGCAAGCGUUCCACCACGUCGAGCACAACCAGCCUAUCCCUUCCUACCUCCUCGCAGCCGCUCAGGGCCGCCCUCCACCCGGCGUCGCUGGCGCGCCCAACGAUAACCCCCUCGGUACGGGCUUAGCCGCCACAAUCACCGAAAAGACUGUCGAUGCUGCGGUGCUGCAAUCCCUCGAACAGCCGGGAAAGAAGGCGGAUAAGAUGGAGGUGGACGGAGAAGGGUCGGACGGGGAGAAGAUUGUCACUCCUCCUUCUGGCCCUAUAUACGCCAUGGAGUUUGACGAGAAAUCCAUCAUCUACCCCUACAAUGCCUAUACCCACCCCUCGACCUUUGCGGACCGGAAAUUCGACGACGAAAUCUCCAACCCCAUCAACAAGCUUCAGCGGAUGAUGGUGCCCAGCGUGAUGCCCAAGGGGCUCGACCCGUACCUGCUCAUGGAGGAGCGAAAGCGGUAUGUCGAGACGAGGAUGGGAUGGCGGAUGAAGGAGCUGGAAGAGAUGGGCGCGGCAGAGGGGGUGGAAGAAGGCGGAAAGGACGUGCCGGGGAUUACGGACGAUAAGGCCGAGACGUCCAUGGGGAUCCAGGCGAGGAUUGAGCUCCUCAGUUUAAGGCUGCUGGGCAAGCAGCGGCUGCUCAGGGAGGAUGUCGUUCGGGCCAUGCACCACGCGACGGCCGUCCCCGCCGACCGGUCUCAAUUCCGCCGUUUCCGGACUCACGCGCUUCGGGAUGCCCGCGCUACCGAGUCGGCCGAGCGGCGCCAGCGGAGCGAGCGGGAACAGCGGGGUAAGCAGCGGCACCUCGCGUAUAUCGGCUCUAUCUGCGAUCACGGUCGCGCUAUCGUCGACGCCGGCACUAGCACUCCCAGGGGCUCUACCGGCGACAAGAUGCGCCGACUCGGACGGGCGAUGCUCAAGAUGCACUCGGACACGGAGAAGGAGGAACAGCGUCGCCUUGAGAAGCUCGCCAAGGACCGUCUCAAGGCGCUCAAGGCCGAUGACGAGGAUGCGUAUCUUGCCCUCCUCGGCGAAGCCAAGGACUCGCGUAUCGGCCAUCUGCUGCGCCAGACAGACUCGUACCUCGAGACUCUGGCCAAUGCGGUGCGAGAGCAACAAAACGACGAUGUACACCGGGACCAAAUGACGAUGGAUCACUUUGAGGUGGAGGAUGGACCGGCGAGCGAGGCCAUGUUUGGUGCGCGGCGGCAGGAUGGCGAGGAGGAGGGCGUGGAGAGGAAGGAGGGCAAGGUGGACUACUAUGCGGUGGCGCACAAGCUGCAGGAGAAGGUCACGGGCCAGGCGCAGAUGUUGACGGGUGGGACGUUGAAGGAUUAUCAGGUCAAGGGGUUGCAGUGGAUGAUCAGUCUGUACAAUAACAGGCUGAACGGUAUCCUUGCCGACGAAAUGGGUCUCGGUAAAACCAUCCAAACCAUCUCCCUCCUCUGCUACCUUAUCGAAAAGAAACGCCAACCCGGUCCCUUCAUCGUCAUUGUCCCCCUCUCGACACUCACCAACUGGCAGAUGGAGUUUGAGCGCUGGGCACCUACCAUCAGCCUCGUCAUCCUCAAGGGCUCGCCUAUUGCUCGAAAGGAGGCCUAUCCCCGGCUCCGGGCCAUGGACUUCCAAGUCUGCCUCACUACCUACGAAUACGUCAUCAAGGAGCGACCACUCCUUAGCAAGAUCAAGUGGAUCCACAUGAUUAUCGACGAGGGUCACCGGAUGAAGAAUGUCAAGAGUAAACUCAGUCAGACGCUGAAUGAGUAUUACUCGACGCGGUACCGGAUCAUCUUGACUGGUACACCUCUCCAGAACAACCUCCCCGAACUUUGGGCGCUGCUCAAUUUCGUCCUCCCCAAAAUCUUCAACUCUGUCAAGUCAUUCGACGAGUGGUUCUCCGCGCCCUUCGCCAAUACCUCUGGCGAGAAGCUCGACCUGAACGAAGAAGAACAGCUCCUCGUCGUCAAGCGUCUUCACAAGGUCCUUCGCCCUUUCCUCCUCCGUCGAUUGAAGAAGGAUGUCGAGAGUGAAUUGCCCGACAAGGUUGAGCGCGUCAUCUAUACCAAGAUGUCGGGGUUGCAAUGGGUGCUGUACGAGAAUGUCAAGAAGUACAAGAUGCUUCCGAACGAUACGUCCGGCGGGCGGAAGCGAAAGAAUAACCUUCAAAACGCCCUGAUGCAGCUUCGAAAGAUCUGUAAUCACCCUUUCGUAUUCCCCGAGGUAGACGACGAUUUCUCGACGGGAACUGCGGUGGACGAGCAGAUCGUACGAGUUAGCGGGAAGUUUGAACUCCUGGAUCGGAUCCUCCCCAAGCUGUUUGCGACCGGCCACAAGGUCCUCAUCUUCUUCCAGAUGACCGAGAUCAUGACUAUCAUUGCCGACUUUUUCGACUACCGCGGGUGGAAAUACUGCCGAUUGGACGGUUCGACCAAGGCGGACGACCGGCAGACGCUGCUUAGUACCUUUAACGACCCGAACAGUCCUUACCAGGUUUUCAUCCUGAGUACAAGGGCGGGUGGUUUGGGUUUGAACUUGCAGAGUGCGGACACUGUCAUCAUCUAUGAUACGGAUUGGAACCCCCACGCCGAUCUUCAGGCUCAGGAUCGUGCUCAUCGUAUUGGUCAGAAGAAGGAAGUCCGGGUGCUCCGACUCAUUUCUUCGAAGACGGUCGAGGAGCUCGUUCUGGAGCGAGCGCAGAAGAAGCUCGAGCUGGACGGCAAGGUCAUUCAAGCUGGAAAGUUCGACGAGGUCACCACUGGUCCGGAGUAUGAGGCCAUGCUAGCCAAAGUUUUCGAAAGCAACCCCGAUGAAGACACCGAGGAGACCAACGAGCUGGACGACGACGAGCUGAACGAGCUUCUCGCUCGGGGCGACCACGAGCUGGAGAUCUUUGGCAACAUGGACAAGGAGCGUAAAGCCGCCAAGCUCGCCGACUGGAAAGCCUCGGGCAACGCCGGACCGGCCCCUCCGCCGCUCAUGGAGCACAUGGAGCUCAACGAGCAAUACCGCCGCGAUCUCGGAGCCGAGCUUGCUGCUGCCGCCGUCGUCAAUCCCGACGAUGAGGGUCGGGGUAGGCGGACCAAGACGGAAGUCAAGUACUCUGACGGGUUGACGGACGAGCAGUGGGCGAACGCGGUCGAUGCGUCGGAUGAUGAUGUCGACGAAGCGGUCCAGAGGAAGCGGAGCCGGAUUCAGGCAAGGAGGGAGCGGUUGGCUAUGGGUGCAGCGGCGGAGGAGGCCGAGGCGGAUGGCAAGCCGUUCGCGGCCAAGACGCCGACCGGGAGUAGGGCGGGUAAGGGCAAGAAAAGGGCGAGGCCGAGUGAGAGCGCGACUCCCAGUGUACAGGGCGAUGAUGCGUCAGGGAAGAAGCGCAAAACUGGGUCUUUGUCGAACCAGGAGGAAAUUGCGCUCAUGCGUCGGUUGUACGACCAGACGAACGCUCAAAAGUCGGAGGUGGGCGAGGAUCUCAACCAGUACUUUAUCAAGCCUGUCGACAAGAAGCUCUAUCCCGACUACUACCAACUCAUUGCUCAACCGAUCUGCAUGAACCAAAUCAAGCGCAAGCUGGGCACACCGUCCUACUCGCUCCAGAACUUCCGGAACGACAUGCACGUCCUCUUCAACAAUGCCCGGCAGUAUAAUACCGAGGGGUCCUGGGUGUUUGACGCGGCGGACAGUAUGCAGGCGUUCUUUGACAAGAUGUGGGAUGAGGAGUAUCCCCGCUUGUCGAGCAGCGGGGGUGGUGGCGGCGGAGGCAUAGGGGGAGGGAGUGGACCCAGUCACAGGGGUCUACAGGAAGAUGGGGGAGUGAGCGGCUCGUCGACACCUAUACAUCAGCAGGGGACGCCGGCGGGGACGAAAAUCAAGCUCAACCUCGGAGCGAGUAAGCGCAGGGAACCGAUCGCGAGCGCGCCGACUCCGGUGGCCAAGUCGGAAGAGAGCGACAGCGAUAUGGACGAUGAUUAUUAG